GUACCAAGCCAGCAAGGGGGGAGUGGAAAUGUCUACAGCGAGUAGAAGAAGGAGGAGAACAAGAUAUGAAAACGAAACUAAUUCUAGAACAGAAGGCUGAGCUUCCCGGAUUCACUUGUUGUGAUCGUCCAAGCAGUUGGACACCUCGGUGGUAGGAUGGACACCCAGAAGCCGCGCAUUAUUCCGUGGCUCGUAGAACAGAUCGACAGCCAGAAAUACCCGGGUCUCGUUUGGUUGAACAAAGAGCGGACGCAAUUCCGUAUCCCUUGGAAGCACGGUCUGAGACACGACCGGUCCGAUGAGGAUGUCAGGAUCUUUGAGGCGUGGGCUAUUGCCAGCCGUAGUUACGAUCCCAGCAAGGACGAGAGAAACCCGGCCAUAUGGAAGAGGAACGUCCGUUCGGCGCUCAACCGCAAGGCUGGCAUACGGGUGAUCUGUGACAACAGCACUAAUGCAACCAGCCCCCACAAGAUCUACGAGAUGUCAAGCGGCCAUAGUGUCGAGGAUGAUGGGACGGCUGAAGAGGUGUAUUUAAAUAGCAGUCCAACUUCAGAUCAAACCUGCCUUUCCAGCCCCCAAAGCAUCAUAAGUUUGACUAGAAAUCUAUCUGAUGACUUGAUGCAGAUGCAACUUUCCCACCAUGAGGAAGAUCUGUAUCGUAGCCCCGAGGAGAUGGCUACAUGGCCGGGACACCCCAGUAAUCCUUUUUCAGUCGAGGGGGACCGGCACUCGGAUAUUUCAUUGCCUAACGUGUUUGGGCCUGUUUCUGUCUAUGAUGAGCUGUCACGUCACGCGGUCACUGAGGCGCAGGCCGGGUCACAUGUUACAGAUGUUCCAUCACACCAACAGGAAAGCGUCCAUCAGCACAGCCUUGCUGCGUUGUUCCCCAACAAUACAUUUGAAACACAAUUCGACGUGAAGAUUUAUUACCGAGGAACUCUAAUUAAGAGCAAGCUAGUAAAAAACCCUCGCGGAUUCUGUAUAACUUCGAGGCAGCAGGAAAAUCCAGAAGGCUAUUUGGAAGACGUGAGCUUGCCAAUUCCUGUGAUCAACGAUCAAGUCGUAGCAAAGAAAAUAACAGAGCUACUGGAGAACUUGGAACACGGAACACUGAUCGAGGCGAGGGAAGGAUUGAUCUGUGGAACGAGAAGGGGCAAGUGCAGAAGCUACUGGAGUGUGACAGAGACCCCGGCCACAAGGCAACCCAAUGCCAUCGACAAGACCGACUACAGUGUUCUAUAUUCCAUGCAGCAGUUUGUGACAGAGUUAAUUGAAUUCAUUGAAGGCAAGAGGAAGGAAUCCCCAGAAUAUUCUAUUUGGGUUUGUCUUGGAGAACUUUGGCCAGACAACAGACCAUGGAAAAAGAAACUAAUUAUGGUGCAAAUUACCCCGGUGGUGAUGCAGAUGCUUCAUGAGAUGAGUUACCACUGCGGUGCCUCCUCGCUACACAGCGACGAGCUGAACCUGCAGAUUUCCGACUCUCUCUCUUUCUCCAGUACGGCUGAUAUGCUGCCAUUGCUACGAGACAUACAAGAGAUGAUGGAUUUUGAAUGAGGGAAUGGAUGAAUUAGAACGUCGGAUCAUUAACACUUUGACUCCAUUAAAAUGUUGCUAACGAA